CCACGAAUGAAAAAAAGCUAAUAGAAAUAAAUCGAAGAACCGCAGUAGUGUGCCACUUGAAGAGUGAAACACUAAUCAAAUCAUCUUCUCCGGCGACAGUUUUCAAUCAAAUUUUCAGAUCUGAGGAGCGAUUAUAUAUGAUAGUACAAUGGGAGUAGUAAUGGAGAGCUCAAUUUGGGAACCAAAUGCAUCACUCUACAUCUUCAUUUUCAUCUCUUGUUUUUUCUCCAUUGCUCUCUUCCCUAAAAAUCUCUCAAAAUCAAAUAAUAUUAACAGCAACAAAUCUCAAUCUAUCACCGGUCAUGCCUUUUCGUCUUCUUCUGACCGUCGUUUCCAGCGGAAAUUUGUCUUCCUCUUCUCUCUCGCUUCCGUGAUGGAAGGUCUAUGGUCGGUGUUUGGUGAAUAUGAAACGGUGACGUUAUACGGAAUGAGUACAGAGGAAACUGUGUCGUCUCUUUGUGUUGGAUUUGGAGCUGCUCUUCUUAUCGGUACUUUCUUAGGGAUGCUUUCUGAUUCUAUAGGCCACAAGAAAGUUUGUUUGAUAUUUUGCAUACUCCACCUCUUUGUUGGUAUAUGGAAGAGAAUUGUAUCGCCUCCGACUUUCUGGCUUCCAAGUAUAUGUUUGUCUCUAGGCACUGCAAUUUUUUCUUUCAGCUUUGAGGCAUGGGUAGUUUUAGAAAAUGAAAAGCAAGGAUAUGGACAAGAUACUUUGAGCGGCACAUUUUGGCUAAUGACUUUCUUUGAGUCAGCGGCAUUUAUGGGAAGCCAGGUGCUUGGAAAUUGGUUAUUAGGUAGUAAUCCAGAAACAGGGAUCAAAUCAUCUUAUACUGCAGCAGUCUUUCUGGCGAUGAUAGGUAUCAUAUGUGUGAGCAAAGGAUGGAAAGAAGCGUCACAAAGUGAAGCAAUUCAAUUUCACAGGGUAUCUUACACACAUAUAUUGAGUGAUAAACGAAUAUGGCUAUUGGGAUUCGCGCAUGCGUGCCUUCAGUUCUCAACUGCAGUAUUCUGGAUUCUCUGGGCCCCAACAUUGGUGGCUGAUGGAAGAGAAGUGAAUCUAGGAUUGAUAUAUCCAUGUUUGCUGGGUGCAAGAAUGCUGGGAAGCACAGUAUUUCCAUGGCUGUUGACUGGUCCAUCAUCACUUCGAACUGAAGAUUGCCUAGUAUAUGUGUUCCUUGUACUGGGCUUUGCCUUGUCAAUUGUGGCUUAUGAUUACCAGGAAAUUGGAGUUUUAGUAUCAUUAUUUUGCUUAUUUCAUGCUGGUGUAGGCCUCAUUAUACCUUCACUUGCAAGAUUGAGGACCAUGCAUGUGCCAAAUGACUUGCGUGGAGGAAUGAUAAGUCUUUCUCUAGCUCCAGCAAAUGCUGCUAUUCUGUGUUUGCUGAUUCAAAGAGGUUAUUAUCACAAAAUGGAGAAUUCUACUAUGAUUGCAGUUGCAGCUGUUGCGCUUUUCUUAGCGUCUGGUUGCAUGCAUUUGUUGAAGCGAUUGGGAAAACAACCUCACCAAAACUGGCACAAGUUGUAGAUUCAAGAAUUCAUUCUACAUCAAGCUCAGCACAACAAGGGUACGGAUCAGCUACACUGGGGGAAGAUCACCUCAGGCUAAGCUACCAAAAAGGUAUCGAUCUUUGCGCCAUUUAAGAUCAAAUUGAGCAAAAAAAUGAAUCCAACUAUCAAUGCCGUUUGGCCUCGUAAUUAUUUGCUGGCAAGCUAGCUAUAAACAAGGAGGCGCAUUGGGUUUGUGCUGUGUAGAUUAUGUGUUCUUGGAGAAAUGCAAGUCAUUUAAAAGGCGAUACCUCAACUAGCAGAUGGGUUGUGCAUGUAUUACAUAGAGACAAAAGGGGGAUCUUACCUGGAGAUAAUUUAAAUUCAAUUGUUAAAGUUAAAAAUCAUUCAGAGUGUUCAUUUGUUUUUUUUUUUUUGAAUUUGAGUUGUUAUGCUUUAGGAUUUUGAUUUGGAGACAAUUAGAUUAAGAAGUAAAGUUUGUUUAUUUGCUUUAUUUGAGAUGCCACUGAUGUCAGCAUAAUGAAUUACACAAAAUUUUGGGAGCUGCUGAACAUUGCACAGAUAGACAUGUAAAUUUACAAGUAUUAAUAUUCUAAUCUUCUUGUACUUGAUCUCUAA